AUGACCCACGCCUUCUCCUCCCGCCGCCCAACUCUCACACAUUUGAACGCAGACACGACCUGGCUCCUCUUGCUCCCGAUACCUCUAUCCCAUCCCCCGGGAAAGAAACGAUUAUACUUCUACAUAUUGAUAGAUCCAUGGCUGGCGGCGGAGGUAGAAGAUGCUGUACGGGGGAUUGAAGAGAUUGCUGCUCGCUCUCCUUCUCCCCUGCUCGAGUGGUGGAUCGACGCAGUCCUCAUCUUCCACGAAUUCACAGACCACAUGCAUCAACCCACACUCCUCACUCUCUCGCCCUCUACCCCCAUCUUCGCAACCUCGAAAGCCUUCUCAGCCACCUCCUCCUGGAAACACUUUCGCACCGUGCGACAAAUCGGUGGGCUCUCAGGGGAUUGGAAGGAUGGCGGGACAGGGGAGAGGAGAGUGCCAGAUUGGAUGGGCGUGCAUAGGAUUGCGUAUACGGGGAACGAUUUACUUUAUUUCCACUCAGCUAUCUUGAUCUACUUUUCCCGGGAUGAAAAAGAUGACGCAGAAGCAGAAGCAAUACUCUACACACCGCACAGCAUCUCACCUUCCAACCUCGAGCCUCUUACUACCGCGAAACCGGGAGUUGAAAUAUUGACGUUACUGCAUGGAUUACACGGUACCAGUCUCGAAGGGUUCUGGAAAAAGCCGCAGCUGAAUAUGGGUGCGCAUAAUGGACUCAGGGUUGAGAGAAUGCUGGGAUUGAAGUAUUGGGUGGGCACGCAUAAUGAGGUUAAGAGGGGAGGCGGGGUCGUGGGGUGGUUUUUGCGGAGGGUGGGGGCUAGUGUUGAAGAUACUUUAAAGGGGGAAGCUGAGGGUGGGGAGGGGAGGGAGGAGGUUAGGUUCGUAGAGGUGGGGAAUGGGGAGAGCUUGGCUUUGGAGUAA